AUUAUCGACAACGCAAACUGAUGUAGGCCGACCCGGAGCCUCACACUUGCUGGGUUCUUCGAGAAUGGAUGCUGCGUUUGACCCGCGCGUCUGCGUCUGCCCUAUGCAAACGGCCAAUUUUCACUUUCUCUCGCGCGCGCGGCCGAUUUUGUGUUGACGAUGACGUGCAUGAACGACGUCGUUAGAUUUGAAUGAAUCCGGCUCGCAAUGUUUGGUUUUGAGGAAGAAAGCCGACGUGGGUUAUUGUGCUAGCACUUCCGUGGCUAUACAUUUCCGGAAAAGCUCGCGCUUUCAAUGCCACCUACACACAGCUGGACGCUUUAGUUGUGCCUAUUUUUCGGGAUUUCAUAUCAGAGUCAAAUGCAUUUUGCGGAGAUAUUUUAAGCCGGGCCGAGCGCUCCUAUUUAGACAUUGAAUGAAAGGCCUGCUGCUCUAUUGAAUAUUGGAGAGGCCUGGUGCCGGCGCAGUGGUGGUUCCGCGUGUGUGUCUUUCUUUCUUUCUUGAGCGCUCCCUUCUCCAGUCUCAGUCUCAGUUUGUACUCAGUUCGCGUUGGAGGCACGUCCGCGCUCCGCUGCCGAGAUCAUCAACGAUCAAUGUCUCAGCGCUAGCCAUGGAUACCCUGGCAGUGAUCAGUUCGUCGGCCCAGUUAUUGGAUUAACCAAAGGCGAAGAUUUAUGCAGAUAAUCUCCAUCUGCCUUUAGCGAAUAAAUUCGAAUUUUCUAUUCUCACCGAGACCAACAAACAAACACAAAUCAGCAAUGGCAAAAGGCACCGGCUGCCGUCUGACAUGGGUGGACGAGAACCUGGCCAAGCUUUUCUACAAGCUGGGAGUGCAGGUGGCGAUCCGUCCCGGCUACUUCCUGCUGAUCCCGCCGCUGAUCGCCGCCCUGUUCGCCACCGGCUUCCAACAGAUCGAGUACGAAAUCAACCCCGAGUACCUUUUUAGCCCCGUCAACGGACACGGCAAGGUGGAGCGACACAUCGUGGAGCACUUUUUCCCGCCGAACGACACGACGCGCUUCAACGUGGGCCGCAUCACGCGCGCCGGCCGCUUCGGCCGGGUCAUCAUCGUGGCCAAGGACGGCGGCACCAUCCUGCGCACGGACAUCUGGCGCGAGAUGCGCGUCCUCGACGGCAUCAUCCGCAACGCGACGGCCGAGUACGACGGCGAGUACUACAAGUACGCCGACUGCUGUGCCAAGUGGCAGGACGAGUGUUUCCGCAACGAUGUCAUCGAACUCGACCACGUGCUGCCCGAGGUCGAGAACGGCUCGCUCAGGCUCACCUUCCCCGUCAUGUUCAACCCGGUCACCUGGGACACGCACAUCUUCCCCGUCAACUUCGGCAACACGGUGGUCGACGCUGAUGGCACCAUCGUCACCGUCCCCGCCGUUCAGCUCGUCUACUUCGCAGCGGCCGACAGCAAGAGAAGAGACGCACGAGGUGCUCGAUGGGAGGAAGCGUUCCUGGACGCGGUUGGCGAGGCUGAGGACAGCGGCAUGUGGGAGCACAUCUCGACGGCCCGCUUCGCGUCGCGCACCCUCGACCUCGAGCUGGAGAAGAACACGCGCACCGUGGUGCCCUACUUCAGCACCACCUUCAUCAUCAUGGUGUUGUUCUCGGUGACCUCGUGCAUGAUGGGCGACUGGGUUCGGUCCAAGCCGAUCCUGGGGCUGCUGGGCACCGUCAGCGCCAUCGCCGGCACCGUUUCCGGCUUCGGCUUCAUUUGCUACUGCGGCGUCAAGUUCAUCGGCAUCAACCUGGCGGCGCCCUUCCUCCUUGUCGGCAUUGGAAUCGAUGACACGUUUGUGAUGCUGGCCGCGUGGAGAAGAACUCCCGUGACCCUGCCGGUGCCAGAGCGAAUGGGUCGCAUGUUGGCCGAGGCUGCCGUGUCCAUCACCAUCACCUCAGUCACUGACGUACUGAGCUUCUGGAUUGGUCUAGCAUCCACUUUCCCCUCAGUACAGAUCUUCUGCUUAUAUACAGGAACGGCUGUUCUGUUCACCUUCUUGUGGCACAUCACCUUCUUCGCCGCGUGCGUCGCGCUCUCCGGCUACGCGGAGCACCGCAACCUGCACUCCAUCACCGGCAUGAAGGUGAAGCCGGUGUCCGAGUCGGACGAAAAGUCGUGGUUCUACCGCCUCUUCUGCACCGGCGGCAUUUCCCAGCGCGACCCCUACAACCCGCGCGACAACAAGGAGCACGUGGCCAUGGCCUUCUUCAGGGACUGGGUGGCCUGGGCGCUCAACUGCGGCCCUGUCAAGGCCAUCGUCAUCGUCGUGUUCGCCGCCUACCUGGCCGGCGCCUGCUACGGCAUCACCAACCUCAAGGAAGGACUCGAGCGCCGCCACCUGUCCAAGGAAGAUUCCUACUCGAUCAAGUUUUACGAUUUGGAGGACGAGUACUACCGAGAGUUCCCGUACAGAAUACAAGUGAUUGUGGAUGGACCUUUGAAUUAUUCCAAUAGAACAGUUCAAGCAGAAAUAGAGAAUUUGAUGACCACGCUUGAAAAUACUUCUUACAUCACAUCUCCCCUUUAUUCCGAAUCCUGGCUCCGUUCAUUUGUGACCUAUGUGGACCGUAACCAGGACUAUCUCAAUAUGUCCAUCGAUACUGAAGAGGAUUUCAUUAAAACGUUGAAGAAGCUUUACUUGUCCUCGCCGAAUCCCUUCUCUUUGGACAUCAAGUUCAGCGAUGACGAAAAGCACAUCAUUGCCUCGAGAUUCCUAAUCCAGGCGGUAAACAUCACAGACGCUAACCACGAACAAGAAAUGGUAACAGACCUGAGGAAGAUCUGCCGCGAGUCCAACCUAAACGCCACCGUUUUCCACCCCUACUUUGUAUUCUUUGACCAGUUUGAACUGGUGCGUCCGACCUCGAUUCAGUGCAUGGUGCUGGCCGCCCUGGUGAUGAUGGUCGUCUCGCUGCUCUUCAUCCCGAACGUCCUGUGCUGUUUCUGGGUGGCUUUCUCAGUCAUCUCGAUCGAGACCGGCGUGGUGGGCUACAUGGCCCUGUGGGGCGUCAGUCUCGACUCGAUCAGCAUGAUCAACUUGAUCAUGUGCAUCGGUUUCUCUGUCGACUUCACGGCGCACAUCUGCUACGCCUACAUGUCCUCCAAGGCCAAAGAACCGGAGGAGCGUGUCCGGGAGUGUCUGUACGCGCUGGGCCUGCCCAUCAUGCAGGGCGCCAUGAGCACCAUCCUGGGCGUGAUGGUGCUUUACUGGGCCGGCAGCUACAUCUUCCUCACCUUCUUCAAAACCGUCUUCCUCGUCAUCUUCUUCGGCGCCAUGCACGGCAUUCUCCUCCUCCCCGUCCUGCUCUCCCUCUUCGGGCCCGGCUCCUGCUGUCCGGACGACCCUCUGGACGACGAUGACGUCAUCACCGUCACCGACGGACUCAAGAUCGACCAGAUCAGGGCGCGACAGGAGGCGCGACAGGCGCGCAUCCCGCGGGCCCCGCACCUGAUGCACCCGGCCGCCUACAACCUCAACGUGCCCCACGCCCACCCCCACCUGGUCCUACCCUUCGGGGCAGGCAACAAGAAUAAGCAAUGGGAGGCCCCUGCGGAAAAAGACCUCGGUCUCGGCACCUCGGCCGAAGAGGAGUCGAGCCAGUCGAGCAGCAAAUCGGGCAAGUCUGGUGGUGGCCGCACCAACAACCAGAAACAAAAGAGCCCCAGGUGUUUCCAGCCGCCGCACCUGAUGGAGGUCUACAACAACAGCGGCUACGUCAGUGACGACGAGCAGCGGCGCUGGAGCCGCCACAGGGCCUCCAGAGGGGACGAGGUGGCGCGCUACCUGCACCACCACCCGCAGUACAUGGGCUGGUACCGCAAGUGAUGGCAAAGACUUCAUUAUGUAUGUCGCACCAGUGAUUAAUUAAUUAAUUAAAAUGUUUUUUUUUUUAACCACGGGAGAGUCUCUCAAGUCUCAAGGUCCAUGGGCGGAUUAAUUUUUUUCUCUUCUCGGGAAAAACUUCUAGAGGGGUUUUUUUAAAGGCGGUGCAUUCAUUUUAAUUUUGUUAUUUGCAAAUAUUGUCGUCCGCCCUGCUGACCUGAGCCCUCCCGGACGCAUUGAAGACUUUGUACUUCUUCGUCGUGCGAGUGCCUAUGCCGAGAAUGAGGCGACCGACGUAUGUUCUAGUUUGCGCGCGUCAUGACUCUGGUUAAUGGUGCUCGAUUAACGGAGACUUCUCAUGACCGCCACACCGAUUUUUAUAUAUUAAUUAUAAACAAAGCUCAAAAUUUAAGAGAUAUUCAAUUAUGUACCCGACGACAAGAGAAAUAAAAAUAAUAAAAUGGUGGUUUAAAGUUCAUAGAGGAGAAUAAAAUAAAUAUGAUUGCUCACUCAUCGUCAGAGAAAUAAAUUGUGGACUUAAAUUAGCGAGGAUAUUUCUUAACGCGAAGAUAGUUUAAUGAGACGCCAUCGUGUAUUAGUUUUAUAAGAUGAGAAGAACGUGUGCGAAUGACUGUAAAUAAACUUAAAAAUGUGCAUAUAAUUUUAUUUGAUUAUGACGUGUAUAUUCUAAUAAAUAAAAAGUUCAAUAAAUUUGAUAGAGUUAUAC